AUGACCCGAUUAGAACAAUUUCCUAAUGAAUUAUUUUUUUAUUUAUUCAAAUACUUUUAUGCUGAUGAACUUGUCAGAUCAUUUGGCAAUUUGAACAACCGUUUCAACCAGUUGGUUCAAUUCUUUCCUCACCUCUCUUUAUCGAUUUCGAAAAUCAAUCAAAAGCAAUUGCAAGAUUUGUCCAUAAUAUUUCCCCAUUUAUAUUCGUUAUCUAUCAACGAUCGAACCACAAUUCAACUUCAGUCAUUCAACAACUUAUCUCGUCUUAUUCUGAACAAUCCAACAGACAAAACUCUCAUACAAGUUCAAAUAUUGCCAUUCGAUAAUCUCAAGCAUAUCUCAUUAGAAGUAUUACGAUCAUCCGAAGCAAUUUCAAGUCUACAUGAGAAAAUUUUUACCAAUGGUUUUCCUAAGCUUACAUCAUUUCAUCACAUCGGUGAGUCAGUUUUACGAAAUAUCAAUCAAUGGACACAGACAAUUACAUUACACUAUUUGAAACUACAUUAUCUUGAUCUCUCAUCGAUCAAGCUACUUUUAAUAAUCUGUCCGAAUUUGUAUUAUCUUCAUACGGGUAUAACUCUUCCAAGUGAACCAUCAAGACAAGAAGUUCGACCACAUGCUAAUUUAAAACACUUAGUAUUAAAAACUAAUCGUAACACUUGGAAAAACAAUGGACAGGUUCCGGUGUUUAAAGAUUUAUUUUCAUGUGUACCAAAUCUGGAACAACUAACUCUUCACCGAAGCGAUAAUAUUUCGAUAAUCAAUAGAAAUUUCAUUAACUAUGAUUGGCUUUCGACGAUCAUUCCACUAUACUUUCCGUUCCUUCGUCGAUUCUACUGUUAUUUUCAUAUUUUUCACGUUGGCCAAGCAAAUAUUGUUAUAGGACCACGCAUGAAUAAUAUCUUUAAUCAAAUUGUGCAACAAUUUGAUCAUGUAUAUCGAAAUCUAUUCAAAGCACGAUUGAUUGUUGAUUAA